AGCGAGGGGAGAUCUCACUUUCUCCCUCGCGCCCGGCCUUUUUACGUUCCGCCCCCUGGCGGGGAGCCGGGUUCGCAGUCGCCUCCCUCGCUCGCCUCUCCCGGCUGUUACCCGAGGGGCGAGGAGAGAGAAACGCGACGCCAUUUUCCCUCUCUCGCUCCUCCCCUCCCCCUCUUCGUCCCCACAUUUCCGCCUUCGCGACGAGGGCGACGACCCGCGCCCCCUCAUCCCGCGCGCGCCGGUGCGGCCGUGUCCGGGCUAGCUAGCGAGCUCGCCGGGCCCCAAACCCUAACCCUAGCCCGAGCGGUCCUCCGCCUCCGGCAGGCCGAGGCGGGGGCCCGGCCAUGGGGCAGUGCUACGGCAAGGGCGCGUCCUCGCGCGGCGCCGCCGGGGAGGACGACUUCGGGGUCGUGGCGGAGACGCACUCGCCGCCCCCGGCCAACGGCGCUGCGCCGCAGACGCCGCCGCCGCGGCACCCCGCGCCGGCCGCCUCGGCCGGGAUCCCGAGGCGCCGCAAGUCCGGAUCGACCACGCCCGUGCACCAGACGCCCGGGGUCGCCUGGCCCAGCCCGUACCCCGCGGGGGGCACCAGCCCGCUGCCGGCCGGGGUGUCGCCCUCGCCCGCCAGGUCCACGCCCAGGCGCUUCUUCAAGCGCCCCUUCCCGCCGCCCUCACCCGCCAAGCACAUCAAGGCCACGCUCGCCAAGAGGCUGGGCGGAGGGAAGCCCAAGGAGGGGCCGAUACCGGAGGAAGGCGGGGUUGCUGCCGGCCCUGGCCCUGGGGCCGUCGCGGAUGGGGCGGAAGCGGAAAGGCCAUUGGAUAAGACGUUCGGAUUCGGGAAAAACUUCGGGGCCAAAUACGAGCUCGGGAAGGAGGUGGGGAGGGGCCAUUUCGGGCACACCUGCUCGGCCGUCGUGAAGAAGGGCGAGUACAAGGGCCAGACCGUCGCCGUCAAGAUCAUCUCCAAAGCUAAGAUGACAACAGCCAUAUCCAUCGAAGAUGUCCGUAGGGAAGUGAAGAUUUUGAAAGCUCUAUCAGGUCACAACAAUCUUGUCAAAUUCUAUGAUGCAUGUGAGGAUGCCCUCAAUGUCUACAUUGUCAUGGAAUUAUGUGAGGGUGGAGAAUUGCUAGACAGAAUAUUAGCCAGAGGUGGGAGAUACACAGAAGAAGAUGCUAAAGCAAUCGUUGUACAGAUUUUGAGCGUAGUGGCCUUUUGUCAUCUUCAGGGAGUAGUGCAUCGUGAUUUGAAGCCAGAGAACUUCCUUUUCACAACAAGAGAUGAAAAUGCGCCGAUGAAGUUGAUUGAUUUUGGUCUCUCUGAUUUCAUUAGACCAGAUGAAAGGCUCAAUGAUAUUGUUGGAAGUGCAUAUUAUGUUGCCCCAGAGGUUCUACACAGAUCAUACAGUAUGGAAGCAGACAUUUGGAGUAUAGGUGUCAUAACAUACAUUCUGCUCUGUGGUAGUCGGCCAUUUUGGGCACGCACAGAAUCUGGAAUCUUCAGAUCUGUAUUGAGAGCUGAUCCCAACCUUGAUGAUUCACCAUGGCCUUCAGUGUCAGCUGAAGCUAAGGAUUUUGUGAAAAGAUUUCUUAACAAGGAUUACCGCAAAAGAAUGACAGCUGUCCAGGCAUUGACUCACCCUUGGUUGCGGGAUGACCAAAGACAGAUCCCCCUGGACAUUCUUGUCUACAGAUUAAUUAAGCAGUACCUUCGUGCCACUCCUCUUAAACGUUUGGCGCUAAAGGCAUUAUCGAAGGCUUUAAAGGACGACGAACUCUUGUAUCUUAGGCUACAGUUUGAUCUGCUUGAACCUAGAGAUGGAGUUGUGUCACUUGACAACUUUCGGACGGCUUUAACGCGGUAUCUAACUGAUGCAAUGAAGGAAUCAAGAAUUCUUGAGUUUUUGCAUGCGUUGGAACCACUUGCAUACAGGAGUAUGGAUUUUGAAGAAUUCUGUGCCGCAGCUAUCAGCCCUUACCAGCUCGAGGCUCUGGACAGAUGGGAGGAGAUUGCUGGAACAGCUUUUCAGCACUUUGAACAGGAGGGCAACCGAGUCAUAUCAGUCGAGGAGUUGGCACAGGAACUAAAUCUUGCUCCGACUCAUUAUUCCAUCGUGCAAGAUUGGAUCAGAAAAACGGAUGGCAAGCUAAACUUUCUUGGGUUUACCAAAUUUUUACAUGGUGUUACAAUACGGGGUGCAAACACAAGACGACAUUAAGUAACCGUGGACCAAAGAAAAUGUAUCUGGUUCUAAUUUUACCGUUGCUCAUUAUAUGGCUCCCCUGAUUUUGCUGUUGCCCCACCCCUGCUUCUUCUGUCUUGUGGUUAAUGAUCAUUCUUCUUCCUUUUUGUGAUGUUGUCGGUUGUUGUCACCAUAGCUCUUGUAGAGAGAAUACAUGUAAAAAUCUUUUGUAAUGAAGGCGAUCGGAUGGUUUGUUCGAGAAAUAUAGUGUUCAAAUGUUUUCCCAA